UAGAUGGUAAAAAUUCGAGAUACCGGAGCUCUUCCAUCGUGCAUUGCGCUGGCGCAAAUGCAAAACCAGAUGGAAUUACGCGAUCGAGCAGCACCUGACAAUCGGAGCUUGACAUCUGCUCCGUUAUGCGGCUCAUCUACUAAAAACACACGCCAAGGAAAGAGUAACCCUACACCGUCAACAAACAAUCAUCAAUUCGCUUCUAAAAUAAAGCCAUCUAUACAAAAAAAAAAACCAUUCAAACCAAAAAUCCUAAAGAAAUCAUUAACACAGAAUAACAUACAAUCACGCACACAAAACACACAACCAGCACGCAUGCAUGCUGCCGCGUCACCCACUCAAAUACGAUCAUUGAGCAAGGAGAAUUCAUUUACACGCAAUAACAUACAAUCACGCACACAAAAGGCACAACCAGCAUGCAUUUAGGCUACUACACCAUCCACGCAAAAAUAAUCAUUCACUUAAGGUUCUUCAUUUACACAGGAUAAAAUGCAAUCACGCACACAAAACACACAACCGGUACGCACACAGGCUAUCACACCAUCUACGCAAAAAAAAUCAUUCACUCAAGGUUCUUCAUUUACACACAAUAAAAUACAAUCACGUACACACAACCACCACGCACACAUACUGCACCACCCAUUCAAACACUAACACCCGACCAGACUCAUGAUGCAGAUAUCAUAUCGUUGAUCAAGGAGGUCUUUGAGGAGCAGAGUGCAUGCUUAAACAUCUUAAAGCAGCUCUCGAAUAAAAAGAAUAGAGUAAACAAGAAGAUGCCGCAAUUCUUCCCAUUUGAGCCUGUGGAGAACCUUCUUGAUUUUAACAAAGUCUCCGACGAGGAGUACACUAACGCUGUUACCUAUUUGGCCUACAUCGGAGGGGUUAAUGCAUUGGAUGCUGCACCACUUUAUCUAAAAAUGUGCUUUAAUAUCACCGAAAGCCUUGUCACCGGCGUUACCCGGCUGGGCUCCAAAAAAGCCAAUAUAGUUUCGCUCAAAGAAACUCGUUUCGCUGCUGCUUGUGAAGAUGACAUGUCGGAAAACGAAAAUAUUAACGAGCCUGAUAAGUCGACAUUUGCAACUGCGAUGACGAAGGCCCUGAAAAACAUCAAAGAAGAGUAUCGACAUAAGAAAAUCAAGCGUGCAGCCACCAAUGCUGACCUUGAUAACCAGCCUCCACGACAGAGACGAAGACUACUGGAUGCUGUAUACAAUGGUGCAAACGUCGACUUUGAAGAAGGGGACUACGGAAACCAGGAACGCGGCGGCAUCGAGAACGUCGGUGCACAGUGGGAGAAAAUGGACAAAAUUCAAGCCACGCGUCAUUUUUAAUCGUAGAGCCAUGAUUUUUUUUAAAACUCUUUAAAAAAGCAUCAAGUUUAAGCUACAGGUGCGGAAAUUAUUGUAUCACCUUCCCCUAAACCCAUGCGACCCCUAGAAGCCACCCCUACCAAACCACAAGCAGUCUAACUCAUCUAUCCCAGGGAACAGCGAGUUAAAUCGCUUUAUUUUUUCUUAAAAUAAUUAAACCAUACACCAUGAGCCAGCUAAUAACCUAAAUACCUACCCCUAACCCGCUUAACCUCUAGAAACCACCCCUACCAAACCACAAGCAGGCUAACUAGCCUAACCCUGGGAACAGCGAGUUAAAUCGCUUUAUUUUUUCUCAAUAUAAUUAAGCCACACACCAGAAGCCAACAAAUCACCUAAAUACUUAACCCUAACCUGCUUAACUCUUAGAAACCACCCCUACCAAACCACAAGCAAUAAAACAUAGUUUAAAAAAAAAUCUUUAUUCAUGUCGAUUUUUCACAUUGUAAUCAUUUAAGAUUUAAUGUUUAGAGCGAAGAAAUCGUGUCCUCGUAUAUGACGCCCAAAAAGUGUAAGUGUGCCAGAAU